AUGGGCUUCGUCAGAAAUUUCUGGAAAAAAUUGACUCACACAAAAGCCCUCGACCUAUCAAGUGGGAGAUUGGAGACAGUUUUCUUUGAAUCUAUCUAUAGGAUUACUUAUGUGGCAGGUAUGUCGUCGUCAGACCAUGAUAUGUUCUACUUGAUGUACAGUAAUACCGUCAAGUUGGCCAUAGUAUUUCUAGUAUGUGGAGAAGUAUGGUACGGGUUCACCGAAACUUCGGGAUUGGAUGAGGUAGCUGCCUCUAUCAACGUCACAGUCAUACAAUAUAUUGCCAUGUACAGAUUUAUGAACAUGAUGUCACAUAAGGACUUUUACAAGAAAUUAGCGACGUCUAUGGAAUCCCCUUAUUUCGAUAUAACUACGGAAGAAAGAAAGAAACUGGUGGACUAUUGGUGGCGCACUAACGAGAGAUACUUAAAGCUUUUGCUUGCAUUAGGAAACUGCACUCUUGCCUUCUGGUUCAUCUUCCCUCUAGUCGACGAUGUGGACUACAACCUCAUAGUGGGGAUCCGGCUGCCUCUAAACUACAAAACCCCAUUCCGUUACCCUUUAGCCUACAUAGUGGUGAUGAUAGCCUUUUUCUAUAUCUCCCACUUUGUGAUGAUCACGGACUUGAAAAUGCAAACACAUCUAUUGCAUCUGCUGUGUCAGUUUACCGUGCUGGUGGAUUGCUUCCAAAAUUUGCUGCGAGAUUGUCGGAUUGGGUUUGAAGAUGUAGCGGAAAACAACUUAGUUUACGAAAAACGUUUUGCAGACAAAUACACAAAGCGACUGGGCGACCUCGUGGAACAACAUAAACUUAUUUUGAGCAACACAAUGAAUUUGCGCGACACGCUAAGUAGCCCGAUGUUGGGACAGCUGGUUGCGAGCGGCAUACUCAUUUGUUUCAUCGGUUAUCAGGCCACUACGACCAUAGCAGAAAGCCCUUUUCAAGGUCUAAUGAGCGCCUUCUUUUUGGGCUACAAUCUUUUUGGUUUCUACAUAAUAUGCCGCUGGGGUGAGGAGAUAACAAAUCAGAGUGAAAAAAUAGGCGAAGCCAUAUAUUGUUCAGGAUGGGAAUGUGGCCUAGCCAAACUGCCUGGAGUACGGUCCACCAUCAUGUACGUGAUAGCGAGGGCCAACAAACCUCUGGUCCUCACCGCGGGAGGGAUGUACAACCUCUCACUCACCUCUUACACUAGUUUGGUGAAAACGUCUUACAGUGCAUUGACCGUAUUGCUUCAAUUUCGACACGAAUAG